UGUACAGAAGGUGCUAGAAGAAUAGUAUUAGCAAAGUUUGACCAGUGAUUUACAAAGCUUCAGAAAUUACGAUUUGUAGCCUGGACGUUUAAUUACUAUUCUUAUAUUCAGAAUAAUAAUAAUUUUAUAUUGAAGCGGACAUCUUGACUUAUUGCAUUUGGCGAAAUGGAAAUUCUUUCUUAAUAGCUGUACAGAUUGCUGCACCAUGAUUUGUUUUAGACGGCUUUACCGUACGGUUAGUAACGUUAGAAACAUCCUGUUUGUUUUCACCAUAACAAUCAUCGUGGUGAAUGUGUUACACAGACUAUCUUGGAGUUAUUCGAAUAUAACUUUACAAGAACUUUAUCACAAUUCACGGAGAAGACUAAAUAUCAACUAUGAAUUAGGCAACAGAGGGAACGUUUCAAGACAAAAUGUGACUUCACUGAUCCAGCCGAGGUUUAGGCCUGUAAGCCAGCUCAAGAAAGAUGUGCUCAGCAGGUACCGGGCAGGUGAGAGGACAGGUAACCACCUGAUUGAUGAUUACGGCAGGAACGAUCUGUCAAUGCCAGGAGAAAUGGGGAAACCCGUUGUUUGGGGCAUCUCUGAGUCGGAGAAAGUUGCCACGGUGAUGUCCAAGUUCCACGUCAACACGGUGGUCAGUGAUAGGAUACCGUUAAAUAGGAUGGUACCAGACUCCAGGAUAGUGGGGUGUGACUCUCUACAGUACGACACAACGAAGCUCGGCCAAGCCUCGGUCAUUGUACCGUUUCACGAUGAAUGGCCGUCACUUCUGCUCCGUACCGUGUACAGCAUCAUCAACAGAUCACCCAGAGAAAACAUCAGGGAAAUCAUUCUGGUCGAUGAUGCCAGCACUUUAUUAGAACUUCAAGACAACUUGGACAAGUACAUCAAGGAGAAUUUUCCAGAAGGUCUCGUGCAUAUUGUACGCAUCAAUGAACGUGUUGGCCUGACUCAAGCGCGCAUGCGCGGCAGUCAAAUAGCUGCUGGUGACGUUUUGAUAUUCUUUGACAGCCACAUGGAAGUCAACAUUAAUUGGCUCCCGCCUUUGUUGACGGAAGUAGCCAGGGAUAAAAAGGUAGUAGCCAUGGCAACGCUGGACUACAUCAAGGCAGAAACAUUUCAGUACGAGUUCAAUGUCAACUACCUGACCAGAUACGCCUGGACCUGGACCAUGGUCUUCUUCGAGACUUUCUUCAGGCAGGACCAGAUAGGAGCUGACCCCCGGGCAACCAGGGUAGGUGUAACCAUGGUGGGUCCAGCCUAUGCUAUAGACAGAGAUUACUUUAACGAACUUGGAGGAUACGACUCUGAGAUGAAGGUCUGGGGUGGAGAAAACAUUGAGAUGUCAUGGAGGGUGUGGAUGUGUGGAGGGAGACUCCUGCAUGUCCCCUGUUCUAGAGUAGGUCACGUGGCACGAGGACAGCCGUACACGUUCCCAGGUGGAAGAACACAAAUAGAACAUUACAACUACAAGAGGGCAGCCCUCGUCUGGAUGGGCAACUACACCAGGUUUCUGUACAGCAUCUAUCCUGAUAUGAAGACAUUAGACGUUGGAGACUUAAGCGAGAGACUGGCCCUGAAAACAAAACUUGGAUGUAAAGAUUUUAGUUGGUAUCUUCAGAACAUUUGGCCAGAGUUGAAUGUCUACGAUGUAAACGCUACACUAUGGGGACAGGUACGAAAUGAGGGGACUGGCUUGUGUCUUGAUAACAACGGAUAUUUGUUCCAAGCUCCAGCGCCUUUAUAUCUACAGCCUUGUGCGCAAAUUCUUCAUCAACAGGUAUUCUCCCUCUCAGCAGACGGCCGUCUAAAAACAACGCUCCAAUGUGUCGUCUGCCACCACGCCAAGGACGACGCGCCAGUUUUGCUGGAAGAUUGCAUCAUAGGGUCACGCGACUUGUGGACAUACAAGGACAAGCAACUGAUACACGCCCGAUCUGGUUUGUGUCUUGAAGUUUUCUCAAACCGACCCGUGUUGAGGCGUUGUUCACAAUCUAACCUCCACCAGAGAUGGGAUUUUCUUCCAUAUUCGCUUCAAUAACAUUGUACGUGUUGCUAAAGUAGAUACGUUGAACAAAUUAGUUACACAUAUGAUUGGUUAUAUUUUUUUUCUAAAUUUGUAUAUAAUUUUGUCGGCGGUAUUUUUUAUAUUAUUCUACUUAAUUAAAUUUGCAGAUUAGUGUAUGUGUAUUAGUUUGUCUUGUUAUGUUAAGACUACAUUGAUUUGGAUUUAUCAUGCAGGCAAGCCU